UCUUUUAUUAGCGAAACAACAUGGUUGUAGGCCUAUACAUUGCAUAUUUACGGGUUAUCAUCCAUUACUAAGCCAUUAAUUUUGCCAGGGAGUGAGCUUCACCGAGGUCACCGUUACGGAGGCCCAUGAGGAAUCCACAGUGAAAGAGCUCUAAUAUCUUCCAUAAAAUUGACUUAAACAAGUGUCAUGAGUAUGGAGGAAUCUGGUCAGAAUGUCAAAGAUGUGAAGACCUCUCCAAGACAUGAACUGAUUUUCCAAGAUAUAACAGUAUCCAUGGGAGAGAAGAUCAUUCUUGACAAUGUAUGUGGUGUGGCACAGUCAGGGAAACCGCUUUCUAUUAUGGGACCCAGUGGUGCUGGGAAAACAACCUUACUGAACACCUUAGCUGGAAGAACACCUCUUACUUCUGGGACAAUAACUCUAGAUCAAGAGCAUAUUGGAAAACAACACAAGAGAAAAAUUUGCUAUGUUCUUCAACAAGAUAUUUUCUUCCCAAACUUGACCUUAAGAGAGACCUUAAAAUUUGCAGCCAUGAUAAGAAUCUCAGAUAAAGUCAGCUAUGAAGAUAAAAUGAACCAGUUGGAUGACGUUGUGGAAGCCCUUAGUCUGAAGAAUUGUCUUGACACAAUGGUUGGAGGAGACAUGAUGCCAGGACUGUCUGGUGGGGAGAGGAAGAGAGCCAACAUUGCCUGUGAAAUCCUGCCUGACCCCUCCAUAAUACUGUUAGAUGAACCUCUUACUGGACUUGAUGCCAGCACUGCAUAUAAUCUGGUGAAAAUGCUACAGACUUAUGCCUCUUCACAUAACAAAGUCAUCAUAGCAACAGUUCAUCAACCCUCCUCCAAACUCUUCUUCUCCUUUGAUAGCCUCCUUUUGAUGUGUGAGGGUCAGAAUGCAUACUAUGGUAGCACAGAUAAAAUGGUUGACUACUUUGAAAACAUUGGUGUUGAGAUUGCAGAAGGAUUUAACCCAGCAGAUAUAAUUUUGGAAAAGAUGAAGGACUGUUCAGAUACAAAGACAAAGAUAUUAGCAGCUGCCAAAAAUGUCAGAAUACAAGAAGACUGGCCUCUUCAUAACAAGUCUGAUUCCUUUACAUAUAAUGAUCCUGGGUCUCCCACAAUGCUGAAACCUCCACAGAAUAAAACUAAGAAACCAUCUUUCUGGGUCAAUUUUUCUAAGGAGAAAAAAGCCAAGUCUGAUGAAGAUGAACCAGGAAGUGUACAUGCUAGUUUGAUGGAUCUGGAUGAGAUCUCUGCAUUAUCAACAGACAAUGAUAGAAAGUGGCCCUCGGGAUUCAUAACUCAGUACACCUACCUCACUAUACGGUCAUUCCAGCUGGCCAAAUCUCGACUUCUGGACCCGUCCAAAAUUGUAGAACAUGUCGUUAUCUGUUUGAUUUAUGCCCUGAUCUGGUUCCAGCUGCCGAGGACAGAAGAAACUGUGCGGGAUAGGAUGGGUGCUAUAUUUUUCAUUGCCAUUCAUUGGGGAUUUUUGCCAUUAUUUGAAGCUGUAUCAAGUUUUCCCAUGGAGAGAGUGGUCAUCAACAAAGAACGAGCAUCAGGCUGGUAUAGGCUGUCUGCCUACUACUGUGCCAAAAUGACCAGUGAGCUCCCACUGACCCUACUACAGCCACUGACCUUUAUAGGAGUCAGUUAUUGGGCCAUUGGGUUGAAUGGAAUUGAAGCAUUUUUUGCCACCAUUGGGACGGUUUUCAUAGAUAGUAUUGUAGGACAGAGUAUUGGACUUUUCCUGGGAAUUAUUAACACUGAAAUGAGACAGGCUAUCACAGUCACCAUACUCAUAGAAAUGAUCAUCAUGUUACUGGCUGGACUGUUUACAAGAAAUUUGCCCUUCUGGUUAGAUUGGAUGAAGUACCUGUCCUUUAUAUUCUAUUCCUACAACUGCCUGAUGUAUCUAGAGUUCAACAAUGGCCCUCCCUUGGACUGUCACCGGGGAGGGAAUGGAUCAGCAUACCCAGUCUGCCAUGUUGCCAACACUACAAAGAUUCCCUCCCACCAGGUGCUGGAGCACUAUGACAUUACAUGGGAAUUCUGGCAAUACUUGCUGCCUUUGUUUGGUUUCGCCAUUGUCUUUCGCAGUUUGGGGUAUAUAUGGCUGCGGUUUGUGCAGAAACCUCACUGACAUGAAGUUCAUUGGAAGAGAAUCACAUAUCUGAGGUGCUAUAUAAUCAAAUUUUAUUUUUUUUUUAUGAAUCUGGCAAAGAAGAAAUGCUAGAAAAAAUGUUCAGAUGCUCUUUGUAUAAAUAAGAAACUUUCCAUCUGGUUUUAGUAAUAAGUAAAAAUUUCAAAGCAAUUUAAGUAAUUAGUAAUUUUUUAGCUAUCUGUGGUGAUAAUUAAAUUUUUAAACAGUUUUAGUGAUAAUAAGAUUUUAUAUCCUGUUAUUUUUUAGUAAUGAGCUUACUUUCCAGCUAUUAAUGUACCGGUAUCUCAAAUAAAUCUAAAUCUUACUCAAGAUUUUAUUUUCAAUUGAACUGCAUGUCUAUCGGUAAACUAUGAUAUAUUUUCCUUUUCUUGAUUUACAAAUUUGAGUUAGAUACCUUAAUGAUAUAUUGAAGCUGUAGAACUGUAGUUCGCUGGUCUGAAAAAUUGGGAUGCCUGACCAGAAAGUAACAGUACCACCAAUUGGAGAAAUUUAAAUGCAUAUAACAUGUAUUAUUAUGCACAAAAAUGAUCUUUCGCAGCUUAAUACAUGUAUAUUAUUAAAAUGGGGCAAUUUUUUGUUUUAAAUUGAAUUAUGUGCUUCAAGGCAUUCCACAUGCAGAGUUUAUGCUAUGAUGCCAAAAUUCAACAGGUAUAUUUUUUCAACUUUACAUAUCCUUUACUCAUGUUGCAUAUGAUAAGAUUUUAUCAAAUAUAUACAUGAUUAUAUAUUUUUUUCAUACUGAUUAUGAAUUGAAAAUGCAUAUCAUCUUUAUUGAUUAAUUUUUAUUUGGUCAGACUCGAAAUAUGCUUAUAGAGAUUGUGUUAAUACUUGAUUGCAGAUUGGUACAUUUUAGCCAUAUAUAUAUAUAUUAAUUAGAAUUAGUGCAUAAUGAAACAUUGUAUGAGAUUAUCAUUUGUGAAAAGAAUCAAGUUUUUAUUCAGAAUUUGAAUUUUGAUGUCUUAUUUUAUUUACAGAUUUGUAUUCAAGUACACUGUAUUAUACAUUAUUUUAUUUUAAUAUUUCUUUUAUUCCUCUCCUUUUUUUCAAAGUAUUUUAUCUUUGAAUCUCAAUGCAUAAUCAUAACCUGAUUAAGUGCCUAUUGAUGUAAAACAUACUGUAUACAGGAAAUGUAAAUUUUAGAAAUGCGGCAUUAGUAGACAGCUGGUAACUACAUGUAGUAACUUUUUUAAAUAUAGUAUAUAUAUAUAAUUUAUUUUUAAAAACUUGAACAAAUAAUUAUUGGGAUAUCUCAAUGCAUCAAUGUAUUGUGACUCAAAAGAGGUCUUUUUUCACAUUAAUACAAUAAACAAAUUAUCAAGGUUUCCUCCUUCCUCAAAAUCAAAAGAACAAUGGGGGAGAAAGCAGCAAAUGUAUAAAUGAUUUUUUAUAUAUUGCAAACAUUUUUUUCUUCUGAAAUUCAAUGUAUCUUCAUCAUGAAACAUUGAGAUAAUUGUAAGCAGUCCCAGAUAUAUAUGAACAUUCUAAUGUUUAUAUGAAUUGAUAUUCCAUUUGUCUGAUAUAAUAGAAAAUUAUUUUAUUUGUGUUUUAUCUUUGCAUGUAGUAUAUUUAGUAGAUACUCAAGAAGAAUUAGGAUUAUAUCUUUGUUUCAUUGAAUAUUUACACAGUUAUUAAAUUUAAUUAUU